AUGGCCUGUCAUCUGUUUUCACCUUGCACACACCCUGACGGUGGUGUCCGUCUGAAUGAGGCAGUCACAGAGCUCCUGCUUCCCACGACACACAACCAUACGGAGAAGGCGUCUGGGAGCCUGCGUGGAGCAACCGCCACCCUGCUCAUCCUGCUCAGCCUGUUGGUCGCCAUGCAGAAACGUCCAGCAAAGUCAGCCAUGCCAGGACCCUCCUAUUGUUUGGGACUGGGUCCCGUGCUGUCUUACUGUAGGUUCAUGUGGACAGGAAUAGGAACAGCAAGCAAUUACUAUAACAACAAAUAUGGAGACAUUGUGAAAGUAUGGAUUAAUGGAGAAGAGACAGUCAUCCUCACCAGGUCUUCAGCUGUCUACCACGUGUUGAAGCAUUCUCAGUAUGCGUGUCGAUUUGGGAGUAAAGGAGGCUUAGACUGCAUUGGCAUGGGAGAGCGGGGUAUUAUUUUCAACUCAAACAUAGCCCUCUGGAAGAAAGUCAGAACCCUCUUUGCUAAAGCUCUGACAGGACCUGUGCUGCAGAGGACCCUGGAGACCUGUGCUUCCUCCACCAACCAACACCUGGACCGGCUACAGGAGCUGACCGAUGCUGAGGGACGGGUGGAUGUGCUGAACCUGCUGCGCUGUAUUGUGGUCAACAUCUCCAACAAACUGUUUCUGGAUGUUCCUCUUAACGAACAGGAUAUGCUCCAGAAAAUUCACAAAUAUUUUGACACCUGGCAGACUGUCCUGAUUAAACCUGACAUGUACUUCAGACUGACCUGGCUCUGUCAGAGACACACCAGUGCAGCUAAAGAGCUUCAGGAUGCUAUCCAGGGGCUGAUCGUGAAGAAACAGGCCAUGCUACUCCAGGCACAGACGCUGGAUCACAUUAACUUUACUGCAAAUCUCAUAUUCGCUCAGAGUCGUGGAGAGCUGACUGCUGAUGAUGUCAGGCAGUGUGUGCUGGAGAUGAUCAUCGCUGCCCCAGACACCCUGUCAGUCAGUCUGUUCUUCAUGCUCCUGCUCCUGGGUCAGAACCCUGAUGUGGAGCAGAGGAUUCUGGAAGAGAUGGAAACUGUUUUAGCUGACAGAACGCUCCAAAAUGCCGACCUGCAGAAUUUGCAAGUUCUCGAGAAAUUUAUCAACGAAUCCCUCAGGUUCCAUCCUGUGGUUGACUUCACCAUGCGCAAGGCACUGGCUGAUGAUGUCAUUGAUGGCUACAAGGUGUCAAAGGGCACAAACAUUAUUCUCAAUGUGGGCCGCAUGCACAGGACGGAGUUCUUUCACAAACCAAAUCAAUUCAGCCUGGACAACUUUGAGACACAUGUUCCCAGCCGCUUCUUUCAGCCAUUUGGUUCAGGACCUCGCUCAUGUGUGGGGAAGCACAUCGCCAUGGUGAUGAUGAAAACCAUCUUGGUGACCCUCCUGGGCAGAUUUUCAGUGAGUCCACAUCCGUGCUGCACCGUCGACAGCAUUGCACAAACCAACAACCUCUCUCAGCAGCCCACACACGAGCCAAAGUCUCUGAGGGUCCGAUUCAUUCCCAGACCUCUCGCCCACCGCAGUGCAGCACAGCACACUGGGUCUUCUUGA